UCUAUACAAGAAACACCUUGUAAAUGUAAAAACCAUCUUGAACGAGAACAAUAUUUAAGACUCGUAGCACACAAUAAUGACAAAAUAUUAACUGCCAGACUCUCAGAAAGCUUUCAUGAAAGAAAAAACCAUCUUGCAAGAGAAGCAUAUGCUCUCUGUACUGCAACUGAAACUACUGAAGAAGCUAAACAACAUUGA